CAAUUUAGUCAUUAUCCUUCUCUUUCUCACGUUUUCAUUUUUAUUUAUAUUUAUUUUAACUUUUACCGUGCUACACACUUCACCAGUUUCCAUUUCAAAUCGAUAUACACAAAAGCUGUUUAAGAAAAAACAAAACAUUACAAAAAGAGAGAAAAAAAAAAUAAUAAUCCGUCCUUUUACCACCGCUUUAUGUCUUUACGACCACCUCAAACUUUCACCCACUCUUCUUUCCACAGUUAUGGCCUCUUCUUUCUCUCUUCUUAUUCCUCAAACACUCCACUUUUCUUCAUUACAAUACUUACCUAAUUCUUGUUUAUGGGUUUUCUUUCAUGCAAUGUCGAAUCUGCUAUUGCCACUUGCGAUUCUUAUAACUUUAAGAAGAAUCGUAAAACACAUAACCAUACCCAAAGGUCAUUCAAAAUCACUGAGUUUUCUUACUCUGAUCUCCACGCUGCUACGAAUGCAUUUUCUCGAGACAAUCUUCUUGGUAAAGGAAGUCACGGUUACGUAUACAAAGCUCAUUUACAUCAGUACAAGCUCAUUGCUGCUGUCAAGAAAAGCAAAUUAGCUGAACCCCCACGUCAUAGUUCUAGUAAUUUCCCAGCUGAAAAUGAGAUCGAAAUCCUCUCUCGAGUGUAUCAUCCUCGGUUAGUUAACUUGCUGGGAUAUGCAGUUGAUUCAAAACAGAAUAAACUGAUUGUUGUUGAGUUUAUGCCUAAUGGUUCUUUGUACGAAUUGCUUCAUUCUGAUUCUAAGCCUCCUAGUUGGACCCGGCGUGUCCGAUUUGCGCUGCAGAUUGCGAGGGGCGUGCAUUUUUUGCACUGUUCGAAUCCACCUGUGAUUCAUAGGGACAUUAAAUCAUCCAAUAUUCUCAUCGACGGGAACUUCAGUGCUCGUGUUGGUGAUUUUGGAUUGUCAUUGAGAGGAAAUGUUGAAGAUGUGGUUGUUAAAAGUACGCCACCUGCGGGUACUUUAGGGUACCUGGAUCCUGCUUAUCUUGCACCAGGUGAUCUCAGUACGAAAUCCGAUGUUUUCAGUUUUGGGAUUUUGUUGUUGGAAAUCAUCAGUGGCCGUAAUGCCAUCGACGUUAACUACAGUCCGCCAUCGGUGGUUGAUUGGGCGGUGCCACUGAUAAAAUCCGGCCAGUAUUUAGAGAUUUAUGACCCGAGAAUCGCCCCACCGGAGGAUGACGGAGCUUUACGGCAGCUGGCGGUGGUGGCGGCGCGUUGCGUACGUAAGACGGCGGUGAAACGGCCGGCGAUGGCGGAGGUGGUGGAGUGGCUAAAGAUGGUGUACAAACGAAUGAGUUAUCCAAUAUGGAAUAACAUAGGAUGGCGCGUAGGGUGCGUGAGAGAGUCAACACACGUGGCUAAAUAUGAGCCGUUGGAUGAAAGUAUGGAAAUAGUCAAGAUCUCGAGGAUUGGAAGUAGAAGAAACAGGAAAGUAUCCAAUGUGACGAGUGAAGAAUUAGGAAAUGUUGUGAUUGGUCAAAAAAUAAAACCAGUAAUGAGAUCAAAAUCUAUUGGAUCACUUGGUGAGAUUGCAUCAGAACCGUUGGAUCUGGCUAACAAUAAUAUUAAUCAGACGGUUAGGAGGAAAGGAGGAUUGACUGUGAAGAUGCCUACAGUAAGGUUGAGUAAGUCAAGAUCAAUGGGCAUGAUACAAAGUAGUACAAGGUUAAUGAAUAAGAGUAAUUGUAAUGGAGUUGUCGUUAAGUUUGUAAAAAAACCAAAUGGAAAAGAAUUAGAAGAGUCUAAACUGUUAGUUGAUAUGGGAACAGAACCCCAAAAAGGAGAGUAAUUGAGUGCAUUAUCAUUUUUGUUUUUGCUUGUAUUAUUCAUUUGUAACUUUGUCAUUUGUACAUUUUUUUCCUCACCAUUGAGAUUUUCUUGGAAGAGCUAUAUCAAAUUCAUUCAUAGCUUGAAAGAGGAAUUUAUA